AUGUUCUACUGUGAGAAAGAUUAUGUAGCCAAGCAAAGUGUAUUAACCAUAAGGAUUAUGGUUCUUUCCCAGGCAGCUUCCCAGGCAGACACCCAUUUACAAAGCUAUGGAGUCAGAGACCAAUGUGUGGAAUCUGAUAUUCUAGUCCUCAGAAUCCCAACUGCCCGUCUGCUUCAACAAGGGUAUAAAGCAAUUAUAAUUUCAGGAGGUGGGACGAAGGAGAGAAAAGAUGUUUGCGAUGGGCAAUUCGAGAUCCAAGUAGAAACGGAGUGCCUAUUGUUUAAAGGCUUAGAGACUCGGCAAAUGGUAUCAGUGACCCAUGGAAGAAAAAUGUUGCACAAUUUCUUAUUCGAUAUCUGUGGAUUGCAAGAAGGUUUCACAUUGGAGAAACGCAAGCAGCAGUGUAACGAUUAUAUCCAGCACAUGGUCGGACGUGAUAAGAUCGUGCUUAUGCUGGUAAGCGGCGGAGUGGAUUCCGCCGUUUGUGCUGCCCUUCUCCAUAAAGCACUUGUUCAGGGUUACGACUCGUCGCGGUUGCAGGCCAUCAAUAUCGAUAACGGUUUCCUGCGUAAAGACGAAUCCGAGCAGGUUGUCGAAGCAAGUUUGACUUUCCGCGAUGCCUCCACCAACGUGCAUGGUCGCCAAUCUUUGUUGUUGUGUCGGACUGUUGUGAUGGACAUAGUAGAACCUCUAGAAGACUUCCAUAAAAAUGAAGUAAGAGCCUUAUGUCGCGAGCUGGGUCCGCCCGCAAAAUUACUGGAACGUCACCCGUUUCCUGGUCCCGGUUUGUCAAUUCGAAUCAUUUACGCCGAAGAACCGUUCUUGGAAGCUGAUUUCGAUGAGACGCAAGUGCUGAUUCGUUUGAUGGUUCAUUAUGUAAACACAGCCAACGAACAUGUCUUGCUCAAUCGGAUUGAAAUCGCACCGUUGGAAGAAGAGCGUCUUCUUCUGGAAGAACUGUCCAGUCACAACCAGUAUGUUGCCACGCUACUGCCUAUUCACACUAUCGGUGUUCAGCAGUAG